AUGGCUGGACUCGUAGACAAACUGACAGCCUCAGGAGGCACCGAAAACGCAGGAUUCCUCAAUGACAUCGUUGCACAACUAUGGCCCAACAUCAAUGUCGCUGGCGGCAGGAUGAUCAAGGAGAUAGUCGAGCCCAUCCUCGCCUCCACGCUUCCCGGCCCUCUCUCUUCUCUCCGUUUCGUCAAGGUCGACCUGGGGCAAGAGCCCAUCAGGAUAUCCGAGGUGGAUGUCCACAAGACCCAAAAUGGCGGCAUCAAGCUUGACAUGGAUAUCGUUUGGGAUGGCAAGAGCGAUAUUGAUCUUGAAGGAUCCUUGGUCCCCAAGCUGGGAAUCAAAAACAUCCACCUGCAGGUGGCCUUCAUCAACCCACCUACGCUCAAGCUCGACUUCACCGAUGCAGCCAAUCUCGCCGACUGCUUCCUGGUUGACAAGGCUAUCCGCAAAAUUAUACUCAACAUCGUCUCCUCCAUGGCUGUCCUUCCCAAUCGCUUCUUGGUCAAGCUUGAUAACAACAACGAUUACUUCAAGACCUACUUGCCCCACCUCGGAGCCCUCCGCCUGACUGUUGAGAAGGCAACUGGAGUCCGAGGCCCGAAGAAGAACGCUGUCAUGAAACUGCUGAACAAGAUCGUCAAGGACAUACCUGACUGCUACUGCAAGGUCGCCGUCGGCGCCGAGGAAGAAUGGCGGACUUCGACCAAGAAGGACGAAAACAACCCGGAGUGGAACGAGACUCACGACUUCCUCGUGGCCGACAACGACCAGGAGAUCGUGAUCGAUGUGCAGGACGAGGAUCUUGGCAGCGAUGACGAUAUUGGAAUCGCCACUACCACCGUCAAGGACAUCUUGCUCGAUGGCGGCUCGAAGGAGCUGCAGCUCUUCCACAACGGCGACCCAGUAGAUGCCAGGGUCAGCGUCAGAGCUCAGUUCUACAACUUUGUUGAUGACGCCGGGAUCCUGUCCAGCAAGAGCGACGCGGAGGAGGGCCAGAUGGUUGGGCUCGCCACAGUGCUCAUUGGCAGCGUCUCCGGACUGCAGGGCCAGCGAGACGAGCUGAACCCCAGCGUCAAGGUGUCGUGGGGCGAGAAGGAGUUCUUCACCGCCGCCAAAUCCUACACCCCAGGAACGGACAUCUUCAACCCGUCUUUCGACCAGGCCUUCAGGAUUCCGUUGACCGCCGCCUUGCUUGCCAACCCAGAAAGCUUCAAGCUUACUCUGCUGAACAAGAAGGACGAGACGGCCACCUUCGAGAUCCCAUUCUCGGACAUUCUUCAGGCCCCUGGCCUGAUUAAGGAGGACAGCUUCGCCGUCGGUCUUGGCGUGACUGUAAGGGCUAGCAUUUCGCUCCGCGCCUUGCGACUCGCCCACUAG